GCCCGGGAAUGACCCAGCAAGUGCUGGGGGUGAGGGGAGGAUUGCUGCUACCCUCCGGGUCUGAUAAAGGGGAAGGGCUGGGGUGCUAAAGAUCCAUAUUAUAUGCAGACAAUGUUGAGGGUGUUUCAAAUAGUCCCUGUUGGGGCUGGAGAGAUGGUUAAGAGCACUGGCUGUUCUUGCAGAGGUCCUGAGUCCCAGCAACCACAUGGUGGCUCACAACCAUCAAAUGAGAUCUGACACCCUCUUCUGGCAUGCAGGCUGGUUACUGUAUACAUAAUAAAUCUUUUUUUAAAAAAGUCCUGUUAGGUCUGUCUAGUUGGGGUAUGAUGGGGUCCAGUUUGCUCACUCCCUUAGUGUUUAUGUGCAGGCUUCACAUGUCUCCAGGAGCCCAGCUGUGGAGGCUUUGCAAAGUGGUCCAUGGCCCUUGUGCCAUUGAACUUCCUGCCACCCUUGCAUCCAUUAUAGAUCAGACUUGGUGUUCGUGCUAGUAGGAGGAGCCUGGGGGCGGGGUAAGCAGCCAGACAGGUUUGACAGGUACAUGGGAACCUGGAGAGGGCUGGCCCAAGGUCAGGUGCCCUCCAGGGAGGGGCACUUGACAACCUAGUGGCAGACAAGCCAGGAAUUGGGGUCAGAACAGGAGAGACUCACCAGGAUACUCAUCUGAACCAGCAUCAACAGGUAGGGUGUCUGUAAACUUGGCUAGCCAUUUCUGUCUGGUGUCAGAUCUUACACCCUGGGUUUCCUACUUUGCUUCUCAGCUAUUAGGUACCUCUUUUGUUCCAGAAUCUGGUGGACAAGUGACAGGUUCUCAACCUUAAUGUUGCGACCCUUUAGGGAUCGCUCAUGUGGUGUUGGCCCCCAACCAUAAAUUAUUUUUGUUGCUACUUCAUAACUAAUUUGACUACUGUUAUGCCUUGUAAUAUGUAGACAUCUUUCCCUGUGGUCGUUGGCAACCCUUAUUAAUAGGUUGCAACCCACAGAUUUAGACAGCCUGGAGUCUAAAUACUGCUCCUCUGUUCCCUGUGGCGCUAUUCUGACUUGGUUUGAUGUUGGGUCUUCCCUCUUGCAUCUCCCUUACGACUUGUAAAGCUGUUUCAGUCUGUUACCUAGUUUGUCUCGACUUUGGGGACUGAGAGUCCAACUAAGGACUCGUCUCUGCCUCCUUGGACCCACUCUGCAUAACUUCAUUCUCCCUGCUCCCCUCAGAAAUCUUACCAACCUGCCACAACCUCCAGAUCCCUACCUGAGCCCUUCUCUUCAUAGGUACAAUCUGGAUGCCGUGUCCUCGGCUCCUCUGGCUCCGCCGCCACCGAGCCUCCCAGGGCUCAAGCCCGGGCUCCCCAGGUACCCUCUCUGCACCCACAUCCCCUAGCAGAGGCGAAAAUGAGGACGCAGAAGAGGAGGAGGGCGACGGCAACCCGGGCGACAGCCCCAUCCUGCCCCCUGCAUCCCCCAUGGAGUGCCUUAUCUGCGUGUCACCCUUCGACGGCGUUUUCAAGCUACCAAAACGCCUGGACUGCGGCCACGUCUUCUGUCUCGAGUGCCUGGCCCGCCUAUCCCUUGCUACGGCGGGUGGCGGUGACGCAGUGGCUUGCCCCAUGUGCCGUGCGCCCACGCGCUUGGCCCCGCGCCGGGGCCUUCCCGCUCUACCCACGCAGCCAAGUCUGCUGCCUCGCGAGGCGCGCGUGGCACCCCUAUGCCAGGGCUCCGUGCGAUUCGACCGCCGCCGAGGGCUCCUGUACCUGCGGCCACCGCCACCGUCCCCGGGGCCACGCAAGAGUCGCACAGCGCGUGCCCCGCCGCCUCCACCUCCGCUGCGCCUCGGCCGCCCGCUGUCGCGUCGCCUGUCCAUGAGCAGCCCCACAUGGGCCUUCAACGCGGCUGUGGCUCUGGCGGUGCUGGUGGCCGCGGGCCUCGUUGUCUCUGGUGUCUAUAUCUUCUUCCUCAUCCCUCAUGUCACCACCUCCGGCCUUGCGCGGCCUCAGGUUGUAGCUCUGGCCCCUGAUCCUAGCUUCUGGCAACCGCCGAGGCCCACACCAAUGGCAUCCUGGACCCACACCUGGAUGCCACGCCCCACAAAGCCUGAUCUAGACCUGGAUAGUACCCUGCCAGAGGCUACCAAGGACACGCCAGAGCUUGAGGAGGCUACCAAGGACCCAGGGACCCUGGAUACACUACCAGAUCAAACACCUAAGGCAGAGACUGACCUUGGCUGGAACCUGCAGGCACAGGAUGCUGGGAAAAGGUUGUAACUACAGCAAUAAAUGCCUCAGUGCGAUAAGCCCUGUCUCCUGGUCUGAGGAUUUCUGUUAUCCUGGAGGGCAUUAACAGAAUGCGUCUCUCCAGACUGGGGACUGAAAAGGCAUGAACUCUCUCAAACCACUAUAAUCAUUCCAUGAGAAUGUCUGAUUCCCAUGACCAUCUAAUUGAAGGUACCAGGCCACGCAUGUAAGGGUCCUACUGACGAUUACUUCUGAACCACAUCCUUGUGUGGGUCUAGUUUGGGUACCCCAGAUUCUCAUCUCUGUGGGAGUCGAGCUGGCCUCCUACCCCCCACCCGUGACAUCUAUACCGGACUGUGUCAAGGUGCCUUAGCUUUGAUCUUGAUGGGAUGCUGUUAGAAUUACUUCAAAUCAUCAUCACCACAGCCCCCUAAGGGAGACAUUCCUGGUCAGCUCUGGGGAUGAAGGCUCGGAUCCACUCAUCCUUUGGACUCACCACAGUGGGGCUGGGGCCCCUAUCUUCGGAGUACAAAACUUGUUACUAUUCUGAUUAUGUGUCUUGCUGCCCACAGCUAGUCUGUAAAUUUCAGCACGUGCUCACCUGAUGAGGACUCUGACUCGGAGGGCCAGGGGUGGCCUGGCUAGGAAUGGGAGGGGCCCUGACUUCUGAAAACUGGUUCUCAUUUGGGAAGUAUAUCCCAAGCUGGUCUGGGAGUUUGAUGUCCCCUCCAGACUUUGGUUUCUGGGACCUACUCAGUACCUUGCGGAACAGUUCUGGUCAUCACGGGAGAGUUAAGGCCUCCCUGUGGCUCAGACAGAAUCAUUCAAUAUGAGAAGGCCCUGGCCCUCCAUAGCUUACAUGAGAGAUGGCUGGUCCUGUGUCCACUUUAAUCCCAUUAUCCCCAUUCUUCCCCUUCUCCGGGGCUCCAUCAGCUCUGCCCAGCCUUCCAUCUAUGCCUCUGCUGAAGUUGAAGCCUUUCCACCUCUAUGGAAGGUGGCUCCUGUCUUCCUUCCAAAAGCCUUUUUGGCUUAGACACAGAGUAGGAGGAAGGCAGCUAUUCUCUGCAUAGGCUGACCACAGACCUCUGAAACGCCGUGUCCUGGCUUACCUCACUUGGCAUGAGACGAUGUGUGUUAAGGGUGGGCAGCAUUUUCCAGAAUGAAAUGUGACUUCUACAUAU